AUGUCUGAUAAUCCAUUAGUGACGGGCUCCCAUCCUGGAGUUCAAACUACAGCAGCAAUGCGUAUGAGACCUACGGUCUGUCUGCAAAUAUAUGAUACGAUCGACAAUGGUACUGUACCAGAUGAUUGGAAAAUAAUCGAGAUUGUUCCUAAGGAACGAGAACUAAAAACAGCUGCAAGAGCGGGAGCAGAAAAUACAGAGGCUGAUUUCCUAUCUAGAAACUUUCGUGAUUGUUCAGACUUCUCCCUUGAUGAAGAGGUAGUACGGUCUCUCUUCCGGAAAUGGGGCACCCCCGACAUAGAUCUUUUUGCAUCUCGCGUGAAUUCCAAAUGUAAAAAGUUCUUCUCCUUUCUUCCAGAUCCUCUCUGCUUGGCAGUGGACGCAUUCAAGCAAACAUGGUCGGGGAUUUACGCCUACGCAUUUCCACCAUUCAACAUGGUCGGUCGAGUAGUCAGCAAGGCGGUUCGAGAGCGAGCAAGGCUGAUACUAGUGUGCCCAGAGUGGCCAAGUCAACCCUGGUGGCCGUUGGUUCAACAACACACCAAGGAGGUUGUGCGAAUCAACAACCAUCCGGCUUUACUGAUCGACUCGUCGGGAAGGCCACACCCUUGUCUUCUGAGAAAGAGCUUUCAACUGAUCGCAUGUCUCAUUUGA